AUGAUUGGAGAGGAGAUACGAAACUGUGGAGAAGUGAGGAAGGAGAAGGGUGAAAAAAUCAGAAUCAGAAACGGAACUUACGGGGAGAUUUCCAGCUGUUUCGUGAGGUCUCAGAAGCUGAUUUUGGUAUCAUCGGAAAGAUCGUCUUCUCAGCUUUCUAAACCAUCCGAGAUCACGAUCUCGAACCCACGUUUCCAGAUCUUCUUUCAGUGGUCCAAUCAGAGUUUCUGCUUGAGGUUUUGGGGGAAGGAUUCCGGUCGAACCCGAACGAUUCAGACCAGAUUGGUGGUAGAUCCAGAUAGAGGGAGUGUCAGAGAAGGCAAGGGAGUCGAAGUUGGUACCAUAGGAGGUUCAGUUUUCCUACAACAGUCUCAAUCCGUUUUCAGCCAAAUUCAGAGAGGAAGAAUCGAGCUAUGGGCCAUGGUCUUCCCUCGAAACUGGACUGUGAUGGGCCGACGGGUUACAUGCAGGUCACGAACGGCUGACGAGCCCGGUAUGGGAGUGUAUGAGCUACGGCUGCCUCCAAGCAUGAGGUUAUGA